CCUUGGUUCAAGCAAAGUUGUCCCGGAGCAACAUUUAUCAUUUUAUCCAAAUGCAGCAUCAAACGUAAAAUAGCCUAAAAGUUCAAACACACACACACAUUCAUAUAAUCGUAACAUCACGACAACAUCAGCAAAAAAAACCAAUGACAAUAACAACGACAACGAUGAGCAACUUCACACGAACGCUACGCGGUGCGAGCCUCACGGUCUCCGGCCUCUCUCGACUAGUCGCCCCGCGGGGCUGCCGUUCGCCCUCGCGGGCAGAGUCCGGCGGAGCGAGCCGUAGGCCCCAAGCGGUGGCCACGGGCGGUGCACCUAGCCUGGUACUGGGCUUGGAAACGAGCUGCGACGAGACGGGCGCGGCGGUUCUGUGCGCUCGCAGCGGCGCGCUGCUGGGCGAAGCCCUCCACUCGCAGAAGGAGGUUCACGUGAGGAAUGGUGGCAUCAUCCCGACGCUAGCGCAGCAGCUGCACAAGGAGCACAUCGAUGGGGUGGUGCAGGAGGCGUUGAGGGCCAGCGGUGCGAGCCUCUGCCACCUGCAUGCCAUCGCCACCUCCGUGCGGCCCGGCCUGGCGCUCUGUCUGGCCGUGGGGCUGGAGCAUAGCGCCCUGCUGCUGGAGUGCGCCGGGCCGCACGUCAAAUUCAUCCCCAUCCACCACAUGGAGGCCCAUGCACUGACAGUGCGGAUGAUGCAGCAAGUGGAGUUCCCAUUUCUGGUGCUGCUUGUGUCAGGUGGGCACUGCCUGCUUGCUGUAGCGCGAGGGGUCAAUGAUUUCCUCCGGCUCGGGCAGACGCUGGAUGAGGCACCUGGAGAUAUCUUCGACAAGGUUGCCAGGCGUUUAUCGCUGCAUAAUAUUUCAGAGCUCUCUGCAAUGAGUGGUGGUCAAGCCGUGGAACACAUCUCAAAAGAUGGGAACAGAAUGGCGUUUCAUUUUAAACAGCCUCUUGAAAAGUACAGGGACUGUAACUUUUCAUUUUCCGGACUUCGCACCCAAGUCAGCCAAACAAUAAAGCAAAAGGAACUUGAAGAGGGAAUUAAGGAAGGACAAGUAUUAGAGUGUGCCAGUAGCAUCGCAGCGGCUACUCAGUACACUGUGGCAGCACACAUCGCCAAGCGCACCCAUCGUGCAAUGGUGUUUUGUCUGCAAAACUCCCUCAUCCCUACGGACAAUCCAACAUUGGUGGUGUCAGGUGGUGUGGCAAGCAACAGCGUCAUAAAGGAAGCUUUAGGGCAUGUGGCUACUGCUGUAGGAUUCUCUGUCAUCUGCCCUCCCCCACAUCUCUGCACCGACAAUGGCAUCAUGAUCGGAUGGAAUGGUGUAGAGAGACUGCGUGCCAACGUCGGGAUACUUCCAAAUGCAAAUGGAAUUCGAUUUGAACCCAGGUCUCCCUUAGGAGUGGACAUUUCUGAACAAGUAUCAAAUGCUUCAAUCCGUGUGCCAUUGGUUAAUCUCAAAAUAUAAGAUACUUUGAAAAAAAAAACCCGAGGAGUACACGAUGUAACACAUUUACUUUGGAGUAAUGGAUUGUUGAUUCUGUACUGUAAUAAACAUUUUUAAUUCAA